AUGUACUUUUUUCAGAACUUCUUCACCAGAAAUGGGCAGUUUCCUGGCUGUGUCUACUUCAUCGUAGGAAAUGAGUUCUGUGAAAGGUUUUCAUACUAUGGCAUGAGAGCUGUACUGAUCCUGUACCUGACUAAGUUCCUUGGCUUCAAUGAAGAUGUCGGUACAGGCCUGUAUCAUGCCUUUGUCAUGCUGUGUUACUUCUCACCACUCCUGGGGGCCAUGUUAGCUGACAGCUGGCUUGGCAGAUACAAGACCAUUCUGUACGUGUCGUUGUUGUACGCAGCAGGAAACAUCAUCAUGGCGAUCACAGCGCUGCCUCCACUGGGCGCACCAGAACGAGCUGGACCCUUGAUAGGUCUGUUAGUGAUAGGUUUUGGUACUGGUGGGAUCAAACCAUGUGUGUCCGCUUUCGGGGGAGACCAGUUUUCUGCCGACCAGGAGAGAAUGCUACAACUCUACUUCUCCAUGUUCUAUUUCUCCAUCAAUGCUGGCAGCCUACUGUCCCUCUUCCUGACUCCAAUCUUACGCAGUGAUGUACAGUGUUAUGGAGGAGACUGCUAUGCUUUAGCCUUUGGAGUCCCAGCAGUGCUUAUGUUGGCAGCAGUUUUGAUUUUUGUGGCUGGCACAAAAAUGUACAAAAGAAUUCCACCAACUGGGAACAUCAUUGGAUUGGUCUUCCGAACAAUAGGGAGUGCAUUGAAAAAUAGGAUUACCAGCAAAAGUGGAGAGAAGAAAGAACAUUGGCUGGACUGGGCAUCAGAUAACUAUGAGAGAGACUUGGUUGAAGACAUCAAGAUGGUGGUCCAUGUCAUUGUGUUGUACCUUCCACUGCCUGUGUUCUGGGCUUUGUUUGACCAACAGGGAUCCAGGUGGACCUUACAAGCAGAGAGAAUGAACGGAAGUCUGGGUCCACUUGGGCAUCUCAAACCAGACCAGAUGCAGUUCACCAAUGCCUUGAUGAUCCUGGUCUUCAUCCCCAUAUUUGAAGGCAUUAUCUACCCUUUGUUUGCCAAGUGCAAUCUUCUGGUCAAGCCUCUACAGAGAAUGGGAGCAGGGAUGCUCCUAGCAGCUGCAGCUUUUGUCAUCGCUGGUUUUAUUGAGCUGAGACUGGAGAGUGCAGAGAUAGUAGCACCCCCUGUUGACAAGGCUGAUCUUCGCAUCAUCAAUGUUUCCCCGUGUGACUUGGGUGUACAGGGGCAGAACAACUAUAACCUCACCCUUGGGUUUGCCGAGACGUCCGGCUACCAGCGGCUGGAUGCAGGCAGCCAGGACCUGACCUUCCGUUGUGGGGGGAUGACUGACCUCAGCACGACUGUGAACUUGAAGAGCCGGUCUACCCACACUGUGGCUGUCGGGAUUCAGAAUGGGGCACUGAAGGACAUUGAGGUAGGUGUGUGUGUUUGUGUCUUUGUAACCAUGUAUGUGUGUUUAUGUGUGAUUUUGUUUAUGUACUUGCUGGACGAGGCUAUAGGAAACAAUGGCAGUAUUGUCCUGGAGGGCGUACACAAGUACACCAUCUCUGGUGUGGAGGACUUUUCCACUACCAACCUCACAGACGUGGAGCCUGGAAGGUAAGAUGGUUUUCUCUUAUCUUGUCACCAUUGUGAUACUUUGUUCUAACAUCGUAAUAUGUGGCAAAGAAGGAACAUUUUUUGUUCUAACAAACAUGUCUUGUUAACUUUUCAGUCAAGUCUAGUGAAAUUCCAAGACAUCAGCCCCAAUGACUUGUCAAUGCUGUGGCAGAUCCCCCAGUAUGUAACCAUCACUGCAGGAGAAGUCAUGUUCUCUAUCACUGGCCUGGAGUUCUCAUUCUCACAGUCUCCUGAGUCCAUGAGAUCAGUGCUGCAGGCCCUCUGGCUGCUGACUGUGGCUUUUGGAAACCUCUUCACCUUCAUCAUUGCCAACCUCAACAUGUUUCCUGAACAGUCUUCCGAGUUCUUUUUCUUUGCUGCCUUGAUGGUUGCUGUCGACAUCAUUUUCGUCAUCCUAGCAGUGCGCUACAAAUAUGUGACUCCUGCGCGGUCUGGGAAUGACGAUAAGGUAGCGAUAGUCCGGGAUAGCGAGGGAACUGCCAUGGUGAUGUCUGCUACAGAUGUUGACUCUGACUGAGGAAUUUUUCCAUGAGUCAACUAGGUCUUUUUAUUAGAUGUUAGAAUCAUUUAAGUGCAUGAGAAAGGGUUUUCCAGGGGUGAAAUGAGAUUUUGGCAAAAGACUCCAAAAUAUGAAAUUGCUUAAAUACUUCAACACCUGAUAAGAGAUUAUGUCGAAAGGGGGUAAAUAUAGAAAUGCAAAUUGGGGAAGUAUCAGUGCCUCAACUUGUGGAAAUGCCAAACAUGCCAAAGACAGCCUUGUUCAGACUUAGGGAAUAGCUCAGAAUUGCAUAGAAAAACAUGCCAAGGACAGCCUUGUUCAGACUUUAGGAAUAGCUCAGAAUUGCAUAGAAUAUUUAUUAGAUUUUAAUGCUAGAUUUGAAUUGAAUCAGUAGGUGUCACUAUAAUGCAAGCUUUGGUGAUUAUGUUGUAGGUGGCUACGUUUUACUGCAUAUAAAUCAGUGGUAUUUUAAACUAGAGGGCUUAGAUUGGGAAUACAUGUAACUAGACUUGGGCAGGCAUUUUAAUCUAGGCAUGCUCCAGAAGAAAUUGCCAACACUGAAUGAUUGAAGUCAUGUGUUAUCUACGCUGAAUGAAUGAAUGAAUGAAUGUUUUUUAUUACCUGAAUACUACAAAGAUGAAAAUCUGUAGUGACCUUGUGUAGUGUAAUAGUUGGAAAUUGGGUACAAAAUAUUAUACAAUGUGCUGCACUGUAUUGUACUUUGUUGAAAGAAGCUAGUGUAGUGUCACGUACAUGUCAAGGUAUUGAUGCUCAACAGUUUUGACCUUGCAUCAAAGGACCAAAUACAAAGUGUACAUGUAAUUUAAGAAAGCUUUUGAAAGAUGCUAAUUUAUUUUGUGUCAAUGGCAAGUUUACAUUUUGUAGAUGUAUCUGAAUUGUAUGUUGUUUGUACCUUUCAUGUGGUCUCUGCUGACACCAAGUUUUCUCAGUCCACUUUAUCAAAAUCAAGUUGCAGUGAUGUAAACUGUGGUGUAAACUGUCACUUAAUGACUACUGUGACAGUUUACACCACAGAGAAUCAGUCAAUUAAUGUUGUAACAAACCAAGUCUACAUGCACAUACAUUUUGAAUUGUAUUGUUGUGAUCUGUGUGAUCAGCAUGGUAAGUGCCUUGGACAUUGUUUUGAGUUAACCAAGUUUUGUGAAAAUGCUGCAGUCUUCUUAAGAACAAUGUAACAGUUGGUUUUGACUAGUAGGUCAACAGAGAUUAUCAUUACUUCAUGGUGAGAAGAAAUUUAUGAGGAGAAAUCUGACUGUAAAUAUCUGGACUGUGUUAAGUGUCAGCAUAGCAAGUGUCAUUGACCAGGCAUGCAAUCCAAACUUUGUAAAAUAAAGAUUCUGUCUAGAACACAGUGAUUUACAU